UGCUCUUAGAAGGCGGCCGCUGAUUGGUCGGCCCGGCCGUCGCUCCUCGCUGCACCUGACGCUUCCUGAAGUCUGGCUCAAUGUGUCGGAACUGCCAUGUUCCUGGUGGAGAAUUAAAUGUCGGAAGGGGGAGAGGCCGAGCGGAGCCCAGUGACAGAAGCCGUCCUAUAGAUGUUCAGAGGAUCGUAAUGUCCCACGUUUUGUGAAGCAGAUUUGAUAUUUCAAGCAAAAAACAGCAAUAUGGGUCAGCAAGGAUUGUCACAGGCCGUCAACAGCUGAGGCUGAGCUAAUCUCCCAGCAUCCCGAGGGGGAGUAUGUAUAAGAGAAAUGGCCUUAUGGCCAGCGUGACGGUCACCUCCGCCACUCCUGAGGGGAGUAGCAGCUCGGACUCUCUGGAUGGGCAUAGUUCGGACUAUGCCAAUAAGAGCUAUGAUGCUGUGGUGUUCGAUGUGUUGAAAGUGACUCCUGAGGAGUUUGCAAGCCAGAUCACCUUGAUGGAUGCUCCAGUAUUUAAAGCAAUUCUGCCAGAGGAGCUGGCCAGCUGCGGCUGGAACAAAAAGGAAAAACACAGCCUAGCUCCAAAUGUUGUCGCCUUUACAAGACGGUUUAACCAGGUCAGUUUCUGGGUUGUCCGGGAAAUCCUAACAACACAGACUCUAAAAAUUAGAGCUGAAAUACUGAGCCAUUUUAUCAAGAUAGCCAAGAAACUUCUGGAUUUGAACAAUCUCCACUCUCUGAUGUCGGUGGUGUCAGCGCUGCAGAGUGCGCCCAUCUUCAGACUGAGCAAGACCUGGGCUCUGCUGAAUCGCAAGGACAAGACCACGUUUGAUAAACUGGAUUACCUGCUUUCGAAGGAGGACAACUACAAGCGCACAAGAGAGUACAUUCGUAGUUUGAAGAUGGUCCCAUCAAUCCCCUAUCUAGGUAUUUACCUCCUGGAUAUCAUCUAUGUAGACUCUGCAUACCCAGCAUCAGGCAGCAUUAUGGAGAAUGAGCAGCGCUCCAACCAGAUGAACAACAUCCUGAGGAUCAUUGCUGACCUGCAAGUUUACUGUAUUUAUGAUCACCUUGCAACAUUACCCCACGUGCAGAAGUAUUUGAAGUCUGUCCGGUACAUUGAAGAACUGCAGAAGUUUGUGGAAGACGACAAUUAUAAGCUUUCAUUAAGGAUCGAACCUGGAAACAGUUCUCCUCGUCUGGUCUCCUCGAAGGAAGAUCUUGCAGGAUUUGACAUAAAGAAUCUGCACCGCAGAUCUGCAGCAUCUACAUUUAUUGCAGUUGGUCCCUCUUCCACACCACAACCCCUAGAAAAACAAGCACCAAACCCAGUAGUUCCAGGAUAUGGUCCCUCGGAGAUGACCGCUACAAUGAGGUACAGCAGACGACCCACGUGCCCGGAUGCGUCAGUGGCCACUCAUCUCCCAACUCCACCCGUCUCCAGACAUAGGAAGAGCCGCAGCUUAGGAAACAACGUGAUGUGUCAGUUCAGUGUUGUUGAAAGUAAGAGUGCCACAUUUCCAUCAGAGAAACAGCGCCACCUGCUGGAUGACAGUGUCCUAGAGUCCCAGAGCCCCGCAAAGAACAAUACUCAGACGUCAGUGUUUACCAAUGGGAUAUCGCUAGGGAGCAGUGAAAGUUCAGAGUUUAGUGAGGAGGUGUCUUCUGUCCUUGACAGGGGUCGUAUGUAUGCCACGCUGGGUCCCAACUGGAGGGUCCCGGUACGGAACUCUCCCAGGAGUCGAAGCUGUGUGUACAGCUCCACGCGCUCUGAACGUACCAGCGCCUGGAUACAGACCGGAGUGGCCAGGAGCCGGCCAUCGGGUGCGUUCAGCUGCAUUCUGGGAAGUUCAUCUGGAGUCAUUUCUAUGGAGGGACCCCUCAGAAGGAAAACUUUACUUAAAGAAGGGAAAAAACCCACGCUCUCCUCAUGGACGCGGUAUUGGGUGACACUCACAGGAUCAACACUUCUCUACUUUGGGGCCAAGUCUUUAAGAGGAGUUGAAAGAAAAAAUUACAAGUCUACACCUAGUAAGAAAGUGUCUAUAUUAGGAUGGAUGGUGGUUCUACCUGAUGACCCCGAACACCCCAAUAUAUUCCAGCUCAACAACCCUGAUAAAGGAAAUGUUUACAAAUUCCAGACCGGCUCCCGUUUCCAUGCAAUUUUAUGGCACAAACACUUGGACGACGCAUGUAAAAGCAACAGGCCGCCGGUGAGUGACACGGAGCAGCUGGCCCCCACCAAUCUAAUGUCUUUUGAAUGAAGUCACCAGUCAGCAACAUAAAUAAAAAGUGCCAAACCAAGACAGUCCUCCCCCCGAAGACCCUACAAGCCACAAGUUUUACAAAAGAGGAGAAGCAGCGCAUACUUUACUCUACUCAAAACUGGAAAACGAAGACAUUGUCCGCGGAGCCAAGAUGGAGUCUUGCACAUAGAAGGCUAAAUUUAAAACAUUAGUCACCAACUUAUCUUGUGCUCUCGGAGAGCCAUGGACGGACCUCGGACUACAGGCUGCCAUCUUAUUAUUAUUAUUUUUUUUUGCCUACUGGUUUUUUAACACUAAUUUUUAACCUGACACACUGCUGUGUGUGCCGGACAUAGACGCAUCAAUAUUAACCCAUGUUGGGUUUUAAACUGUUUCUCAUGACAAAAACAAAACAAAAAUAACUAAUCUUCAGUGUUACCUAUUACAACUUGUCUGACAGAAAGGUAGUGAACAACAGUUUUAUAACUCUAGGGCGCUGACUGCUCAUCCAAUCACUCGACCAAUCGCUGUGGCCAGCUCGCACUUUUAUAGAAAAGAGAAGGGAACAAACCCCCCCCCC